AUGCGCGGACGCCACGCCGAGGCGCGCGCGGUGCUCUGGCGCACCUCCGACACCGCCGAGGAGGCCGACGUCCGCCUCGAGGACAUAAAGCGGGCCUUUGAUGCGCCGCAGGCUGCUGGCUCCGUAUGGCAGGAGCUGAUCGUCCGGCCGUCGGCGACAGUCAGGCGAAUCCUCAUAUGCGUUGUCGGGCUGCACUUCUUCCAGGAGGCGUCCGGCAUGGACGCCGUCGUUCUGUACAGCCCGCUGGUGUUUAACAAGGUCGGCAUGUCCGCGACUAGCUCCAUACUAGGCGCCACCGUGGCCGUCGGGGUCGUCAAGACGUGCUUCAUCUUCGUGGCCAUGCUCCUGGUCGACCGCGUAGGCCGGCGCCCGCUCCUGCUGGCCAGCGCCGGCGGCGUCGCGGUGUCCUUCACCGCUCUGGCGCUCACGCUCUGCGUCCGCGAGACAUCGUCGGCGAGCGCAGCCGCGUCCGUGGCGUCCGUGAUGGCGUUCGUGGCGGCGUUCUCCGUCGGGUUCGGGCCGCUCGCGUCCACGUACGCCGCGGAGAUCAUGCCGCUGCGGCUGCGCGCGCAGGGCGCGAGCCUCGGCAUGGCGGUCAACCGGCUGACGUGCGGGGCGGUGAGCAUGUCGUUCAUAUCCCUCGCCGGGUGGAUAACGAUGCCUGGGUGCUUCUUCCUUUAUGCCGGCGUGGCGGCGACGGCGUGCGUGUUCGUGCACCUGCGGCUGCCGGAGACGAGGGGCCGGAGCUUGGAGGAUAUGGAGGCCCUCUUCGCCAAAUGA